AUGGCGGGUGGUGGUCCAAAACCAAUUGCUCUUCAAGACAAUGAGGAUGAAGAUAUGUACUAUGAUGCUUACUCUGAAGAAGAUCUAAUAAACUUAAUGUCUGACGUCCCAAACCCUAAUUUAAUGGACUUACCCUUCACCCAAGAUCCUCUCCCUCCUCCUCCUGCGCAACCCAUAGUGGUUAACCAAACUGGGACUUUGUUGCAAGAUCCUUCGGUUUUAAUCCCUCAAGGGGAUACAGAUACCAUCAGAGAGUUUGUUGAAUCACUCAACAACGAUAUUGAUAAUUCACUUUUUACUUGGGACACGUCAGAUAUACUAAGUGAUGACAUCAACGACUUCAUCGAUUAUACUGUCCUAGGAGAUAUUGAUUAUGAUAAUUGCAACAAUGUCGGAGAAAAUAGUAUCUUUGUGGAAAAUGCUUUGAACUUUGAAACCGGUGGUACAUCAUCGACGAUGCAUGUCCCAGUGGUUACACCAACACCGACUAUCUCUCAAGGAGUGUUCUUAUGCACUUAUUGCAACCUUCUUCGACAACUAGUCCAUGCAAAUGGUCAGGAGAUGAUGAGACUUGAUCUCUAUGGAGGUAUUGGAUAUUUUUGCCAUGCAAUUAUCGAGACUCGAAGAUUUGAUGGUUCAAACGAACUUCACUAUCAAACAUAUCAUUUGAUGGAUUUAAAGAUGGAGGAUGUCAAGACAUUUAUUGAAGAAUAUUGUGCUGCGAGGGAAGCAUGUGGUUAUGUAAUCACGCAAGACACUAAUGCUGAUUUCUAUCAAGCCAUGAAUGCUUGUACCACAAGUAGCCAGACGCUUAUCUCGACAUUGCCACCACGGAGUGAUAUUCCAAUGUCAUUGGCUAUGGCAUCUGAGGAAGCUCUAAAUGUGCCUUGUGCUCCCCCCGCUUCGAAAAGAAGGCCAAGGAGACAAACCUUUCUCGCUGCACAGAGGAUACGGACUAGGAACUUAACAGUGAAAGACAUGAGCCAACUUUUCGAUCUCCCCAUCGAAGAAGCGGCGCGAAGGUUGAGGAUUUGCACAACAGCCGUCAAAAAAAUUUGUCGAAGGGGAGAAGUGUAUCGAUGGCCUCGACGGAAACUUAAAAGUUUGCGGGAGAAAGUCGCGGCACUGAAGUGUGUGGUUAACAAAACAACGGAUGCAAGAGUAAAGGCGCGUGCGGAAGAGAAGAUUGACAAAUUUGAAAAACAUAUUAAAGAGAUUUACAGCAAAGCACUUGAAAAUGCUUAA